GUUGAGAAUGGACUCAAGAGACAAGACCGUUAGUUUUGACGAAGACGGAACGAAAGCGUCCAUGACUUGCCCGUACUUAUCAACGCCUUGACAACAUUAUUGUCAGCAAUGUCGAGAGAAAACACCACUAGAAGUUUGGACAGCAUAGACCUUUCUGCACUGAGAGAUCCCGCAGGUAUUUUUGAGCUGGUGGAGGUGGUAGGCAAUGGAACCUACGGUCAAGUGUACAAGGGUCGUCAUGUCAAAACCGGCCAAAUGGCAGCGAUCAAAGUCAUGGAAGUCACAGAGGAGGAAGAAGAGGAAAUAAAGCUGGAGAUCAACAUGUUAAAGAGUUAUUCCCACCAUAGAAACAUUGCUACCUAUUAUGGAGCUUUUGUUAAGAAAAGUCCUGCUGGACAGGACCAUCAGCUCUGGCUGGUGAUGGAGUACUGUGGAGCUGGCUCGGUGACAGACUUGGUAAAAAAAACAAAGGGUAACUGUCUGAAAGAGGACUGGAUUGCAUACAUCUGCCGAGAGGUGCUCAGGGGUCUUUCCCAUCUCCAUUCCCAUCAUGUGAUUCACAGGGACAUUAAGGGACAGAAUGUUUUGCUUACAGAGAAUGCCGAAGUAAAACUUGUGGAUUUUGGGGUUUCCGCGCAAUUAGACAAGACGAUUGGUCGACGAAAUACCUUCAUAGGAACUCCCUAUUGGAUGGCACCAGAGGUCAUUGCAUGUGAUGAGAAUCCAGAAGCCACAUAUGACUACAGGAGUGACCUCUGGUCUUUAGGCAUCACUGCUUUAGAGAUGGCAGAAGGAGCCCCUCCUCUGUGUGACAUGCAUCCUAUGAGAGCUCUGUUUCUUAUUCCACGCAACCCUCCACCAAGGCUUAAAUCUAAAAAAUGGUCCAAGCGCUUUCUGUCAUUUAUUGAUACCUGUCUAGUCAAGAACCACCUCCACCGACCCACAACGGACGUCCUGCUGAGGCAUGCCUUUAUAAGAGAUUUGACUAAUGAAAGACAAGUUCGCAUCAUGCUCAAAGAUCACCUUGACAGAACCAGAAAGAAAAAGGAGAAAGAUGGCCCAGAGUACGAGUACAGUGGAAGUGAAGAGGAAGAAGAUGAGAUCACAGAGGAGGAAGGAGAGCCAAGCUCCAUCGUGAAUGUUCCUGGCGAAUGGACACUACGGCGGGAGUUUCUGCGUUUACAGACAGAAGAUCGAGAAGAGUGCAGGCAGAGGAGCCACAGAGUUGGUGUAGAUCAGCAGAGACAACAGCAAAUAGUAGAGCAAGAAUUAUACAAGCAGCAAUUACUCGCUGAUAGACAGAGGAGGAUUCAACAGCAACUUGAAAAACGACAAAUUUUAGAAGACGAACAGAUGCGAAAGUUGUCUGAUGCUGCCUUGCAGUGGGCAGAACUACAAGAACUUAUGCUUGGGGAGGAAUCUGAAAACCAUGACAAUAGAAUCUUAAAGAAGGACAAAUACCAGAGAAAUGACAGAACGCAGGACCAGUGGAUUGCUGAUGUGUCUAUUAGACCUCUGGACUCGGAGCAGAGAGCAGUGGUUCCAAACCAGCUGCUUCAGCUUAAAGCCAAGCAGUCUCAGCUUCAUCUUCAGUCAUCAGCCAAACCCCAGCCUCUGAGCCAGCAUCAGCAGCCCUCGUCGGGCAGGAGAUCCCACCGCACCCUGCCUAAAGACCAAACGCAGCUCCUGUCCCUGCAGCAUGACCACAGACACAGGGAAAGAGAGCGGGACAGGGAGAAGCAAAGAGAAAAGCCAGAGGCAUCUGUCCAAAAGCUAAUGGCUAACAGCGGGAACACAGGCGCUCCUGCCGCUACCACUGCUGCUUCCUUGUCCAGCUGCCCCACAAACUGUCAGCGCUCAGCGAUGGACCAGGAUUCAAAUUUAGCCAAGAUGCUUUUAGCUGCUGGCUUGCCCAGUGUGAUGCAGUCAAGGCUAGGCUCUGGUAGCAGUUCUAGUCCUUGUACCCCAGCCAUGCAAAGAGCUCACAUCAACCAGAAUGCCAAUUUGCACUCGAGUCGAGUUGCCUCUCACAGCAGCUCUUUGUCAAAUAUGGCUAUCUCAGCAUUGUCCCCUUUCACGCCUGUGUCACCCUCUGAUGAUGUCUUCUGGGACUCUGAGACGCCACCCAAGGUCCCUGAACGUACUACCUCUAAGUUCUACUGCAGAGAACUGGUGAAAGCACACAAGAGGGCUGCUUCCAGUGGCAGCCCUGUACUCAUGACAGAUAAAGGUUUCAGGUCUGUGUCUCAUGGGGUGUCUGUCAGCAUUAAUCAUUCAGACAACUUCAAGCUGGAGAGUCCACGUAUGCAACAGCGUCUUCAGCAGCACAGACGGCAGCAGAAGGACAUCACUGGCAGACAUUUACAAAGUGUCAAGACAGUUCUGAGCCCGUUCAACAAGGCCACAGAAUACUCCUCCUCCAGCGACGAAUUUGGGAGUAGCGAUGAAGAAGAGAGGAACAGUUGUGGCUUACCCAGUGAAAAGGGAAAUAAAUGCCGAAAACAAAUACCAGAUGGCAUUGUGCUGCAGCCUCAUCACAAUCUUAACCAGAUGACAGCAAGUGAUACCUACAUGCUGCCAGACCUUUUACAGAAAAUCUCUUCAUCAAGUCCUUCGUGUAAUGCACUAAGCCAGCAGCAGUGGAUGCGAGAACAAAGUUACACACAGUCACCCACGGCCCCUCGAUCCCCCACAGUGUUUAGAAGUCCAGGGAGUAAAAGCUCAUCUUCCUCUUUCUUCUCCUUGAUCGAUCCAAGAUUGAUCCCAAUAUCUUCACCACCACAAAGCCCAACGUGUGGCAAAGGAGAACCAAUCAAGAGAGAGAACCACAGGAAGGGCUCUGUUGUGAAUGUGAACCCAACUAAUAUUCGGCCACAGAGUGAAAGUCCUGAGAUUCGCAAAUACAAGAAGAAAUUCACCACUGAAGUGCUCUGUGCUGGACUUUGGGGAGUGAAUUUGUUGGUGGGAACAGAAAAUGGCCUUUGGCUGCUGGACCGAAGUGGUCAGGGGAAGGUCUAUUCACUCAUUAGCAGAAGAAGGUUUCAGCAAAUGGAUGUGCUUGAAGGACUCAAUGUGCUCAUUACUAUAUCAGGUAAAAAGAACAAGCUGAGACUUUACUACCUUUCCUGGCUAAGAAAUAAAAUCCUCCGAAAUGACCCGGAAGUGGAGAAGAGGCAGGGUUGGACAUCUGUUGGGGAUUUGGAAGGUGCUAUCCACUAUAAAGUGGUGCGUUACGAGAAGAUCAAGUUCCUUGUAAUAGCUUUGAAGAAUGCAGUGGAGGUUUAUGCCUGGGCGCCCAAGCCCUACCAUAAGUUCAUGGCCUUUAAGUCCUUUAGGUCUUUACCACAAAAGCCAUUGUCUGUGGAUCUGACAGUGGAGGAAGGUCAAAGGUUAAAGGUCAUCUAUGGUUCCUCGUCUGGUUUUCAUGCAAUUGAUGUAGAUUCUGGUACGCCGUAUGACCUCUACCUGCCCACACAUAUCCAAGGUUCAAUCCAUCCACAUGCCAUCAUUAUUUUGCCAAACAGUGCCGGAACAGAGGUUCUUGUUUGCUACGAAGAUGAAGGCGUCUACAUUGACACUUACGGCCGCAUCACCAAGGAUACUGUGUUGCAAUGGGGAGAGAUGCCUGCAUCUGUCGCCUACCUCCAAUCCAAUCAAGUGAUGGGAUGGGGAGAGAAGGCCAUCGAGCUCCGGUCUGCCAACACAGGAAACCUGGAGGGAGUUUUCAUGCACAAAAGGGCCCAGAAACUCAAAUUCUUAUGUGAAAGGAAUGACAAGGUCUUCUUUGCAUCAGUACAGUCAGGAGGCAGCAGUCAAAUUUACUUUAUGACAUUGGGUCAGAACUCUCUCUUCAACUGGUAAUAAACUGGAAGUGUGGCGCCAAGAUCUGCUGUAUGUGCAGGCCUUCAUCAUCACAGAUGUUCACGCUAUGGUUUCUUGCAUCCUAAUGUGAUACUCGACCAAGAAGCGCUGCCCAGUGAGAUUUUGCCACAAGUAGCACACUGACAUUAUUUUGGAGCUGCUGUUGUCAACUUCUAAAGCUUCAAUCCAACGUAUUCACUGGAUAUUGUUUUUACUUGCCCGUCCAAACUGCAGCUGUUCUGCAUUCUGUUCAUUUUUUCUGGAUCAGUCAGUUCCUUACUGGGUUAUCUAUUGUCAUGUGGCAACCCAUGCAAUGGAGUGAAAGGUGGAAAAAUUGGAGCGAUAUCCCUGUUUUCUCCCUGGAAAUCAUCUGGGCAAUUCACAAUCGUGUGGAAAAAUGAAUACCUUCACAAAAGGAAGCAGGGUGCACAAUUGACUCCUCCUAAUCGUGUCACGUCAGUGAUUGUUUAAACAACAGUAUUUCCGUGAUUUGUAUGUUUGAGUUGUACAGAUGUAAGACAAAUUUCAUUUUGUAUAGCUUUGGAAAAAAAAGUGUCUUUGUGACUGAAUGUCAUAAAUUGUUUGUUUUUUUUUUAAUAGUGAAUAUGAAGAAAGUCAAGUGUCAUUCAAAACCAAUAGAAAAUGCGCUCCUGCUUAUCUUGUGACUUCAUUAAUGGAUUCACAACACGGACCCUUUGUUCUUUUAUUGGCAAAAACAAAACUUUUGGAAUAUUAAUUUAAAAAAUAAUCUGAAAUGUGCGAUCUAAAUAAUAUCAGUAAUACGUCUUAGAUUUUGAAGUCAAUUUCACAGUAAAUGUAUUAUUUUACGUUUGAAGAAAAUCAUUAAAUUUUGUUUCCCUGUAAGUUACAAUUUAACAUUCCUGUGUUGCUCUAUAAAAAAUGCACCAACUGUUUUCAUGUUUUUUUUUCUGUGUCAUUUGUAUAGUAAUUGUUAUGGAUUGAUAUUGAAGAUAAUUCUGUCAGACUAGAUUUAACUGAUCAAAGUAUAGUUAAUGCAGUAUACUACUUCAUAGGGUAAAUUCCCACAUGCUAAAAAAAAUCCCCAAAGGAUCACCAACAUACUAGUAUUAAGAAGAGUUCCGACACAUUUUCAUCCUCGGACACUCAAGCUGUAGUAAAAAUGUACUCAUGGAUGUACAGUAUAUUGCAGGACACACCUUAUUAUUUAAAAAAAAAAAAAAAAAAAAAAAAAAAAGGUAAAGAAAACCUUGCAGCCUUCACAGUUAAUGUCCAUAUACACUUAGUUGAAGUUCAUAGACU